AUGGCUGCCUCGUGGGUGAUUAAGAGGUGGUGCUCCUCAGCAGCCGCUGCACCAGGCACAGGCACGCGGUGGGAAAGGAUACGUAACAGUCGUGCAGGGGUGUGGGUCCGCAGUCUUCUCAGUGACUAUAAAGAUGCUUGUCGUGAGGUUUUCGUGGAUGCAUACAAACGCCCGGUCAAAGCCACCGUGUACCUCAGUCUUCUCGGUGGGAUUGGAGCCUGCUGCUACUCCAACCCCGAUGACUCUUCCUUUCACGCUAACCUGCUGGAAACCUCCAAUCAGUUGGCCCUCCUGUCACCAUGGAUACGGAGCGGAACAUCAGACGGGCACGUGCAGAGCCUGCUGAAGCUGCGUAACGAGGGUCAGUUACGUUACGCCAGCCUAGGACUUGUCUCAGUUAUCUACUCUUCUGACUACGAUCCGGACUCCAGCCUGUAUGAGGCACGCUGCUCUGCCAUCUCUGUGCCCUGGGCGGAGCUGCCCAAGCGUGUGCUGGAUGUGGGCUUCGCCGGCCACUGGUGGGUGCUGGCCAACAAGAUGAAGGACUAUGACAUCAAUGAGGAGGAGUUUAAACAUCUCCCCCCAAAUCUAGCUAGUACUGCGCCCCCCACUCCACGGGAGACAGAACAGAAUGAGCGCUUACAUGAGGAGUCAUGGAAGCCACUGACAAUUGAGGAGGUGGAACAGAAGGAGGAGGACAGUAAACAGGAGGCUAUGGAAGAGGAUACGCAGAGUGGAGAGAAAACACAAACACCGGCCAAGACGCAGGUGUAAAUGAUAUCACACCAGGGUGGAGAUUUAGUGGAUGGAUACUGUACCUCAGAAGUAAUGCAGAGAAAUUAAAUAAAGGAGGAGGGAGUGUUGAGAGAGGCCGUGUAAAUGAUGGGUAAUGGAAACAAGGACCUGUAAAUACUGUCUGAUGUGGGAAUGGACGUGCUGCUUGUUACAUAACUUAAAGUAGUGAAAGGAGCUUGAAUAGAAAAUGUCUCCUGGGACUGUUUGUCAUCAGACCAUGAAAUAAAAAUGCAUGGAAAGCCUCCUGAUAAAUAUUAGUUUGUUGUUGUUGUUUUUUUAUUUUUGUUUUAACAGCUGUUAGUUAUGAAGUCUGUCUCAUUAUGAACUGUUUCCUCUUUUAAAAUCUCCUUCUCUUAU